GGGGGACUAUCUGCGCACUAGACGGCGACCGGGAACAUAGUCGCGGCUUGGGGUUGGCCCGAGGAUUUGGUGCGGAGGGUGGCACGAGAGCUCCGAAUUCGAAGCGCGAGAUUUAUCGACAAAUGGGGACCGACGGAGGAGUAGAAAAGAUGAAAUUCGCCAUGGCAGGCAGGCGUAAUUUUCGUACAAAUGGAACAAGUGUCUGCCGCAGGAUGGAGGCGGUGUGAAAUUGCAGAAUUUGGGCUUUUAGGGCGGCAGGGAAAUAGUCGUUCUUGGCGAUGGCGACGAGUCUCGCGAGAGCUGUGACCGGAGCAGUUUGCGGAGGAGGUUGGCAAUUGCAGGAUGUGGAGUCCGGUCGGGAAAGCAGAGAAGGAAGUGCUGCAGCUACUUGUAGCUGCAGUGCGUGGGGUGCGAGUAGGUUGUACAGAUCUAGUCGUUGCGAGGUUGCAAAAUUAGGGGUGCGGAAGGUAAAUUAUAGUUUGGGAUGGAGAGAAUCUUAUGAUUAUGGAGGUUCUGGCAGGCGGGACUCUCUGUUCAAUUCUAGGGAUAGUGGGUUCAAAAGUCCUGCAGGUGUCACUCGCGGCGUGAAUGGCGCGUUCUGGGAAGGGGCAGAUAGUGAGAGUACUGCCGAUCUUUACUACAGUUCUGAGGAUGAAGUCAAUGAAAAGAAAGAACAGUCUUUGCUUUUGAACCUGAUUCAAGAAAUUGAGCCUCUGGAUGUAAGUACUAUAAGCAAGGAUGCAUCUCCAGACAGUACGGGUGCCAUGAAAAGGACAAUUUCUGGGAUGUUGGGCCUUCUUCCAUCUGACCAGUUCCAAGUGACGAUUGAGACACCACCCGAUCAUCUUGCCCGCUUGUUGGUCUCCUCCAUGAUGACUGGGUACACAUUACGCAAUGCAGAGUACCGACUUUGCCUACAACGCAGCUUGGAUCUCGCUAGUCAUGAUAUAAGUAAUCAAGAUCAGCUCGGAAAAGAAGAACAAGAAAGUAGAGAUUUAAACGCGUCUCAGUUAAAUAGCAAUGACCACCACUCAGAAGACAUUGGAGCUUUAGACGUAUAUGGAAAUGAUAAGCAGACAAAUGUUCCAGAAGAACUUGGCACCUUAUCAUCAGAGGUCGCCAACUACAUCCAGCAAUUGCAGGAAAAAUUAUCAGCUACUUCAAAGGAACUAGAACAGUGCAAGAAUGCCGUGUCAUCCUUGGAGAUUGUAAGGCUAGAAAAAAACGACUUGCUUGACUACUUGCGAUCUCUGGAACCAGAGAAGGUAGCAGAACUUUCACAACCUUCCAUAGAAGUUCAUGAAGCUGUUGAGCAGGUUGUGGCUGGACUGCUAGGAACCAUGGUUGCAAAACCAAAGCCUUCUCCUAUACCUCCUUUCGGGACAAGUUCAAUGUCCAGUCCGUGGGAAGAGUGCGAACCUUCAGAAGUUGUUGGAAAUGUCCCUUUGCAGUUCCAGUCAACAGUUACGUCGUCUCGGGAUUAUUUGGCGCGCCUUCUUUUCUGGUGCGUAACUAAAUUCUCCCACUAACAGUAACCGGGUGAGCUAACCCUGACCUGCACAGUGUUGCUAGUUAUUGUGACUGAGGGCUUCGCAGGUUGUCGUCUCUGCCUUCCGAGAGCGAGUGUUACGUGGUUCCUUCUUUUCUAACUGGUGUACGUUAUUGGGAUACCACAUGAGGGGUUUGGAGUACCGACUUGAGCUCAGCCGAACACUUAGCCUCUCUGGAGAAAGCGUCCUCGAUCUUGAAGAUAACAAGCAUGAACCAUAGUACGAUGCAAUCUUUUAUCAAAAUUCGAAGAGCAGUUGGUGUAGGGUGUAUGUCCACGUGGACAUAGACUUACGCUUGUAUUGGUAAUGUAGAAAUAUGAAAUCUUUCAUGUGAGUCGUAUCAGCCUACACUUGAUGCCGUUAUUGUAGUUUCGUUAGUCAUUUUAUUCUGAUAUAAAGUUCAUGUAUGGAAGCCCAAUUGUGGUUUCUCAUCUCGGCAUUUUGAUCUGAUAGACCGCAGUUGCAUUCUCCGGGUGUAUCUGGAGUUCGUUUCUGGUUACGUUAUCGAUGUUGAUGAUCACAGGCGGACAGCUGUAUGAUGGUACUCUGUCCUUUUGAACGUAAAAGUGUCUCUCAUUCUUUAUCGUAUGCACUUCUUACGUUCACAGCAUGAAGAAGUACUUUUACCAAGCAAUUUUAUUGCACAUCUUUUUUCAUAAUGAACGUGGGAGUUGAACUGAGUUGGGAUGAGGACAAUAUGCCUUCUAUCGUAAAAUAGGAGCUCUAUUUGGGUGCCACCGAUAUUUUUGACCUUUUGUAUUUUUGCUCCAGCGCGUU